UUAAAGCAAGCUGAGAUAUUGGAUGGAAGUAAUGAAGAAGACGACGAAGAUGAUAUCUUUGGGUUCAUCACUGCUAUAAAUCUGACUGAAAGAAAGGGAAUGGAGUCUGUUGAGCAGAUUAAAGAAUUGGUUCUGAGCCAGUGUGAGACUCAUCACCAGGGUACAGCUGAGCAGCUGGACAAAAUACUAAAUGACAACAGCAAGCCAGUGAGCUUUCUCAUCAGUGAACGCUUCAUCAAUGUGCCACCACAGAUCUCUCUGCCCUUACACAAACAACUCCAGACUGAAUUGAUGGAUGCCCACAAGACCAAUAAGCCUUGUGGCAAGAGUCAUUAUUACCUUAUGAUCAGCAAGACCUGUAUGGAAGUGGGAAAAAAAAAUGUGCCACAACAAAAGGGCAAAGUGAAAGAAGAAUUAAUGUUUACAAAUGCAGAAGAGGAAUUCUUUUAUGAGCAAUCUGUUAUAACAUACAGCUACUCUGUGCAAGAAGAGAGUGACAGCUCUCUGUCUGGACGCUGGUCUUUUGAUGACGUACCUAUGAAACCUCUUCGAACAGUUAUGCUAAUUCCUGCUGACCGAAUAAAUGCAAUUAUGAACAAACUCGAAGAACACUUAACAAUAUAAUGAACUGAAACUACAGAAAUUAUCCACUUUGGACAAAGAGUUUCAAGUUGUAAAUAUGUGGUUACUUUAUCCCAUUAAUUUGGUAUUUUAAUGAAAAGAUAAAUCUUUUGAAAUAGAAAUAGAAAUAUAAAACAAUUUCUUGGUUUGUUCUCUUUUAUUUAGACAAAUGAGUAUUAAAACUUUUAAAGUAAUACAUUUGACCUAAAAUUUAACCAGAGUAAAAUCCAUGAAGUCAGCUUUAAAGAGUAUUAAAGCCUUGAGAGUUCCUGGAGAUGUUUUAUGUGACGUUUUACCACAACAUAUAAACAUAAGCUUUGGCCCUUUAUUGUUCUAUUGAAUUAUUUUUUGCCCAGUCUAGUAAUUGUGCAAUUUAGUCCAUCAUUGAAUGACACAUCUGUCUUCAUUCUGGUGGCUAAGAUCUUCUUGCUUGUUUUCUUUGUUGGAUACAUGCUGCUCCUCUCCAUCUGACAGUUUUGAGAAGUGAUCAAUGAUUUCCUGUAGGAGUUCCUUACUCUCACUAGGGGGUAGGUUGGUGAAGUAAUACUGAGGAGCCAGCUGUACAAACCUAUAGGAGAAACAAAGAAUGUCAGAUUAAGAACCUGUUGUAAAAUAAGCCUGCCGUUUUGUUGCUGUGCUUUUCAAAACUGCAUUUUUGCAUCAAAUGUUGAACAAAGAUCCAAAAACACAGCACAGCCAGCUGUGUUUGACCUCUUCAGUUGCUGAAAAAUUCAGCUAUUCAUAUAUAUUGCUCAGUCAAAAGGAGAACUUUUAACAUCAGAACCAUAUUGCUACCAGAAUCAAGGCUCACUGCAGACUGGUGUAGCUUCAAGGCUGACCAAAAAUCAUUUGGAACAUUACUGAAGGUCUUCCUGAGAGUCCGGAUGGUUAUUAUCCAGAACAUCUGCAAAGCUUCAGAUAGUAUUGAUGUAAAUUAACUCAUGACUGUAAUGGGAAAAUAAUUGGUGUGGAGUCAUACAAAACGAGAAUGCCUCUGUCAGAUUCUGUUCCAAAUAAGAUUUUCAGUUUUUAAGCACUUAAUAGGAAACCAUGGGCAAGGGCUUAGUUUUCUCAUAUCUCUUUUUUAAUGCAAUUUUAUAUUAAUUUAACAGUUUCAUUUGCUAGAUGUGCCAGUUUUUUUUUUGUUGUUCAUACUUGCUAAUGUCUUAGAUUGCUUUUAUUACUACAUACCAUGUCUGAUUUAAGCUUAUCCAAGUUAGAAUUACCAGUGGCUAAAUUACCAGUGACAGAAAACAGGUGGAGCUGGGAAAAUAAGAGGAAGUGAGGGAAAAAUAAGUUAUAGACAGUCACACUAAUUCAAUUUUCCUCUUAUUCUAAUGUUAAGCAUUGUACGAGGAAAAGAAAGGGUAAAGCAGAGCUUGGGUAGGACAUUGAAGAAUAUUUGGAGGAUGUAGAGAGAGGCGUAACAGAUAUGUGCUGAAAUGUUCAGCUGAUAAAACUACUCCAAGGGUGCUAUGAAAAGAGACUUGAAAUCUGUCCACAGAUGCUGCAAACUUGCUGAGUUUUUGGAAACCUGGUUGGCAUGGACAAGUUCGGCUGAAGGGACGGUUUCUUAUCUAUAUGACUCUGUCAUUUUGAAAGGAAAUGGUUAGAGGCAAGGUGCUUUAAUUUGGAUUGCUAAUUAACUGAUGAAGGAAAAUUCCAACUUUUAAGAGUGGAAGCAGAUUUUACUAUAAUUGAAAAAUAAGGAUUAAGUGUUUUAAAAAAAAAAUUAAAAUUUACCUAUGGUAUUUCUCAUAAUUAUUGCUCAAAAUGAUGUUCCAUUAGGAGAAAAACUUUUUUUUGUUCUGAGGUAGUCAUGCGUUUUAAGAUUGAGGGAAUAUUUAUAAACCAUACCAGUUUCACUAUCUGAUUUUGUAUCUUUUCAAACCCUUGAUAGUAAUUUUGCCAUUUGAUUGUGCAGAUUAACUGACAUCUGAAGGCAACAGGAAUUUAAGGCAUUCAGUUAUUAACCAUGUUUUAUAAUCAAGAUUUUUAAAUAGUCCUUUGUUUGGACUCUGAAAGAAUUUAAUGAAGGUACACUUACAUUUCAGGUGAUACAUCUGAAACGAUUCUGAUGCAGUUGUUCUCAGAUAUUGUAAAUUCAUGGAACAAAACCCAUUCUGGUUUUAAUUUUGUGGAAGAGUAGCUUGAGAAAGGGUGCAGCUGUGCUACAUGUUUAUGGGUUAGCAUGACAUAGUUUCCCAAUCCAUCAACGUCUCGAGCUGUCUGGAAAUAGGAAUGUUAUAUUGAUCUAAUGAAAGCUUGUACAAUUGCAAACUGUAUAACUAGAAUUCCCUGCACUAUCAGUAUGUGAUGUACAAGUAACAGUAAAGCAAGUCUAUAGUUUCUGCAAUGGGAGGAUUCUUGCAUCAAUUCUCAAAUGGUAAUUUGGCGUCUCAAAGUUGAGCAGUAUUCAAAGCCACUUGAUGAGUGAAGAAUUUGGCUGCUUAUUGAUUGGACUUUUAAGAAAAUAAACAACUGAUGACCCGUAACAUAACACACAGUAAGCAGAACAACACAUUGCAAGAGUCUAGAGAAAUACAAAUAUUUCUAUUGUCCUUGAUCAUUUGAGGACAUUGCAACUCUUCACAAUGCUGUCUUAUACUUUUACACACAGUCUCAAUUCAGAAGUCAGAAUCAGUUACAAAACAAUGGUGAAAGAUAUUCCCAAAAGUCCUCACCUGCAUGAAAUAACCAGAUAACAAAGCUCUUUUCACAUUCAGUGAAUUCUUGUGUGUACCAAAAGCAAGUUUUGAAAUGGGUAACUCAAUGCGUUGCAUAAUGUCCAGUAGGUCAGCUCGGAUGGCAUCUGCUGUCCUCAGAGCAGAGCAAUUCAAGAAAUUGUCAUAGCACCACUUUUCAUCUUCACAGACUGCACAAGAGUAAAACAAAAUUAACUUCAACAGCAGGAUUUUUUGUGUUUUUAAAACAGUAUAAACAGAAGAUGGAUAGGAGUAAAAUCAAAGUAUUUUUUAUGAGUUUCAAAAUAAGUACUUUCUUAUCAAAACUAGAAUUUAAAGAGAAAGCUUUAUGCAAGAAAAAUUUUCCAACAGUUAACAAAGAUCCCCCUCAACUGUGUUCCUCUGAUUUUAAAGUUUACUUACAUUGGUUUGAUGACAAUAGCUUGUUCUGCUUGUAUGCAUUGUAAACAUUUAUAAGGGUAAAGUGAUCACCCUCUGGAUGCAAAAAUUUCCUUCGACAAGUGCAUGCAAUUUCUUCUGCACCAGGAGGUGGAUCCAAGAAACAAAAGGGAGCUUUACAAAGAGAAAACACAGGAAACAAUUACAACAGUAGCUUUUAGGUGUAAUUUAUCAUUAGUGAUUCUACUGAAAUAUAUUGGAAGCUUUGUGUAAAUUUGAGAAAGUACUUAAAUAUUCAAAACUUGAAAUAUGUUCUAUGAACAUUUCUACAUGAAAAUCUAGCAGACAUUUGAAAUGUCUAAUGAAAGCAGAUGUCAUAAACAAAUACUAAUGAAUGCAAAUUCUUGAACAUUUUAAAGAAGAAUUGAGUUUUUAAGGCUGAGAGUUAUGUCAGUGUACAUGGUAAAACAAAACCUGAAUGUCAUGGCUAUGAAUAUGCCAAAAAAGUACAAAAAUAUAACGAGUUGCCCAAGUACCUGUUACCAUGGCAGCUAUUGUUAACAUUUCUUGCACACAGUCAAAUUCACAGGAUGCAACAAGAGCUUUUGCCAUUUGGGGAUCCAGUGGGAACUCUGACAUAAUGAUUCCAAUUUCUGACAGAUUUCCAUCGUCGUCCAGGGCUGCUAGGUAAUCAAGGUCUUCUAAUGCCUGCAUCAAGGCUUCAGGGGCUGGUGGAAAAGGCAAUAUAAUUGUUCAUUAUGUAAUGACUAAUUUGUUUUAAAUUUUAUACAGUGUAGAAUGUUUUAUGAGAAUAAUUUAUGUUCCCAAACCGAGACCCAAGAUAUCUAACUACGUUAUUUAAAGUGCAGCUUCCUUGAACCUAAUUGCUGGGGACAGGGGGAGAUCUGAGAAAAUAAGCUGACCAACAUACAUUAGGCAAUGCAUGCAUCUCGUCUUUUUUUUCUAAAAAAAAUUAAAAAUUUCAUUUUCUACAACUGUUCAGAAUUCUAGUAAUUUGUUUCUUCUCUGAAACAAUCUUUGCAAUUACUAGAUAAAUUAGGUUAUUUAGUGCAGUUGUGUUGGAAAACAAUUUUUUUGGCCACUGAAUACAAACAAGUUGCCAAAGUACAGCUGAUUGUGUACAAUUUAUGAACCUACACAAACGUUUCUAAUUUCUGCUGCAUUUAACAAUCUGAAAGAUUUGGCAUAUGUCAUAAUUGGAGCAUACAGUACAUGCUCAGCCAUCCUUGAUGGAGCAAGCCAGUAGAUUCCUAACAAUGGCUUUAGUACUGCUCUGUCAAUUAGGGUACAAAUAACAGCAUGUAGAUUUUCAUAAAAGGCAACUUUUUAAAUAAUCCAGAACAGACUCUAAAACCAAUCUGUUUAAAUCAAGAAACAGUGCUUUUAUAGACUUAAAUGUACUGUAUAUAAUUUUAACUUUGAAACUUGCAACUGUUCAAAAUUUCUGAUUUUAGGCAUUGUGUCAUGUUUUGACAAUGUGGAAAGAGACAAAGGAUUUGUUCAAUACAAAGUUGUAUUGUGGAAAUGGAAUUCAUAAAAAUUGCAGAGAAAGCUAAAUGCAGCCAUCAGAAGUAAAAUACAAUGCAAACACUGUGACAUUAUGUGUUGUGAGAUUACAGUAGAAUGAUAUACAUGCAGCUGAAAUAUGCUUUGUGUAUCAAUCACCAUUUCAUGUUUAAAGUUUUUCAGGUGAGAUUAUCUUUCAUUGCAAACAAAAAUCAAGAUUUAGAUAUAAAUUAUUAGCAAUAUAUUUGUAUUGUCUAAAAAUGAUAAAUUUAUUGGGAUUUAUGGAUUACUUAAAUUUUAGCUGCAGAAAUUAAGUUGAGGUUUCAGAAAGGUUGCAUAACUCAUUAGAACUGGAGAACUUUAAGGCAAAUUUUGAUAUUUUAAACAAGUUGACAUCUCAUAUUCACUUCAGAACUGGAUCAUUUCACUGAUUUGAUGCAUAUUUUACCUGUAAUAUUACCUGGCUUAUCAAUAAAGUCACACUGCCCCAUG